CACAGUUUUGCCAUUCUCACUCACUUCUCGCUCACUUACACAACAAAACCAGAUCUCUCAAGAUGAGACUCCUCAGGGUCGCUCUGCGGCAAAUACACAAGCCCCUCCAGGCUCCUACCAGAUCGUUGCUACCAAGGAGGACAUGGAACCGCGGUUAUGCAACAUCAAUUUCAGCGGCCGAACUCGAGUUUGGCCAACCCGUUUAUGAGACGCAUCCUCACAUUUUGAAACCUGGUGAAGUAACUCCCGGAAUCACCGCCCAAGAAUACGCCGACCGCCGCGCCAAGCUAGCAUUCAGUCUAGCCGACGGCGGCGUGGCCAUCCUCCCCUCGGCCGAGGUCAAGUACCGCUCCGGCGCCGUCUUCUACCCCUUCCGGCAAGAAUCCAACUUGCUCUACCUGACCGGCUUCUCCGAACCACAAUCCCUCGCCGUCAUCCGCAAGACGGGCCCCUCCCUCGGCGACUACACCUUCCACCUCUUCUGCCGCCCCAAAGACCCCGUCGCCGAGCAGUGGUCCGGCCCCUGGAGCGGCCUGCGCGCCGCCGAGGACGUCUUCAACGCCGACGAAGCAGGCGACAUCCACGCCCUGCCCACCCUCCUCCCGCCCCUCCUCCGCUCCGCAUCCCGCAUCUACACCGACAUCUCCCUCAACCUCACCACCACCACCACCACCCCCACCCCCACCCCGCUCCCCUCCAUCCUCCACCAACUCCCGACCACCCCCUCCACGGCCCCCCUCUCCCCCUUGGUCAACCAACACCGCGCCCUCAAAUCCCCCGCCGAGAUCGCCCUGAUGCGGCAGGCCGGCCGCGUCUCCGGCCGCGCCUUCACCAGCGCCAUGCGCCGCCCUUGGCCGUGCGAGCGCGAGCUGCACGCCUACCUAGCGCACGCCUUCACGGGCGGGGGCCUGUCGGGGGAAGCCUACGUCGCCGUGGUUGCCGGCGGGUCGCGCGGGCGCAUGAUCCACUACACGCACAACACGGCGCGGCUGAGGGAGGGCGAGACGGUGCUGGUGGAUGCGGGCGGGGAGUGUGGGGGUUACGUGACGGAUAUCACGCGCGUGUGGCCUGUCGGGGGGAGGUUUUCGGCGCCGCAGAGGGAUUUGUAUGCGGCGGUGCUGCGGGUGCAGAGGGCGAGUGUGGGGUUGUGUAAGGCGGGGAGUGGGCUGUCGCUGGAUGAGGUUCAUCGGGAGACGGAGGCGGCGCUGCAGGGGGAGUUGGUCAAGUUGGGGUUUGAGUUUGGUGGGGGGGUGAUGGCGCGGCGGGGGGACCUGAUGGGCACGCUAUUUCCGCAUCAUGUUGGGCAUUAUGUCGGGUUGGAUGUGCAUGACGUGCCGGGGUAUCCGCGGUCGGUGCCGCUGAAGGCGGGGCAUUGCGUUACCAUCGAGCCGGGGGUUUACGUCCCGGAUGAUGAGAGGUUCCCGGAGCACUUUAGGGGGUUGGCGGUCCGGAUUGAGGACAGCGUGUGCGUGGACGAGGAAGAUCCGCUGGUCUUGACGCCCGAGGCGGUUAAGGAAGUGGAGGACAUCGAGGCGCUGAGAUAGACUGGUUUGGCGCGCAGGUGCCUUGUAUAUCACUUUGUACUGUGUAAUAUCAUGUCUGAUAGAA